UUGGCUUUCAUUUCCUGAAGCCUCAAAUUCGUCUCGUGAAAUCUCUCUCUCUCAGACAAACUCAUGCUUCGCCGAUCCCUAUUCGGACCCAGAUUCAAGGCCAAGAGCCUCUCCAUAUCCGGGCAGAGGAAGAAUCCAGCCCGACCGCCGAAGCUCCGAGAUGUGAAGAAACAAGUAAAGGCUGUUCAAGAGUCUCAGAGUCCAAUCCAACUUGAAAAAGAAGAAGCACAGGCUGUUAAACCUUGUGAAGUUUGUGGUGGUGCUGCUGGUUCCCAUCCUAGUGUAGUGUGCCCGUAUCUUCAUGAUGUCCCGUGGCAUGUUACGAGUGUUGGCGAGGGCUACAAAAUAGCAUGUUGGUUUUGUUGGAAGGGCCAGUAUUGCAGGCAUCUAAAGAGGUAUGCUAUUCGACUUAGUUGUAUGGAGUGAGGAGCGGAUGGUCUUCACACAUUCUGGGACUGCCCUGAGAGGCGAGGGAAGGGAAUUGAGAUGCCCUCCGUCCGUCGAGUGAAGCUAAUUGGGAGGUCCUUCCGUCCAGGGAUGUCAUCGUUACGUCGUCCACGGUGGUAACUAGGUUAAUUGCCUCAUUAUUUUCUCUGAGUAGCUUCAGCACUAGCUAGUCCUUGUCUGUUCAUGU